CUCUGCGGCAUAUGCAAAACUUGAAAAGUAUGAAGAUGCCCUCACAGAUGCAAAUAAGACAGUCGAAUUGAAACCUGAUUGGGGAAAGGGUUAUUCCAGGAAAGGUGCUGCUUUGGCAUACUUGGGUAGACACCCAGAAGCAGUGGCAGCCUAUGAAACUGGUCUUCGGCACGACCCCAGCAAUGCACAAUUAAGGGAAGGUCUCACUGAUUGUCGGAGAAAAAUGGGAGGAGAUAAAAUGAACCCGUUUAGUGAUCCGAAUAUAAUGGUGAAGCUUACUCAGGACCCACGUACACGAGAGUUCAUGAAAGACCCCGAAUACCUCAAGAUGAUUAGCCAACUACAGACCAACCCUCAGGACCUAGGGACUCGUCUUAAUGACAAGAGAAUCCUUACAACUUUGAGCGUGUUGUUAGGCAUGGACGUAGGAGCAGCGCCAAUGGAUGAUGACGACGACGACGAAGAUUCUGAGCAAUCUCCGCCACCUAAAAAAGCAUCUCCUCCUCCGCCUAAGAAAGAGGAAAAAAUGGAAGUUGACAAAACACCAGAACAACUCAAGGCUCUUCAGUGUAAGGAAAAAGGAAAUGCUGCUUACAAGUCCAAAGAUUUUCCUACUGCGUUGAAUCACUAUGAUGAAGCAAUCAAGUUGGAUCCUACUGAUAUGACUUUCAUCAGUAACAAAUCUGCUGUUUAUUUUGAAAUGAAGAACUAUGACGAAUGUAUAAAAGUUUGUCAAGAAGCUGUUGAUGUUGGUCGUGAAAAUAGAGCUGAUUUCAAGUUAAUUGCAAGAGUCCUCACCAGAAUUGGUAAUUGUUAUAGGGCCAAAAAGGAUUUUAAGAAUGCGAAAACAUUUUAUGAGAAGAGUCUAUCAGAACACAGGACGCCGGAGACAAAAGAACUACUAAGUAAGUUAGAAAAGAUAAUUAGAGAAGAAGAGCGCAAGGCCUACAUAGAUCCUGUGAAAGCAGAGCAGGAGAAGGAGUUAGGAAAUGAAAAAUUCAAGAAUGGCGAUUACCCAGCGGCUAUCAAACAUUAUUCAGAGGCCAUAAGAAGAAACCCUGACGACCCAAAGAUUUACUCCAAUCGUGCUGCUUGCUACACUAAACUAGCUGAGUUCAACUUAGGGCUGAAGGAUUGUGAUGAAUGCAUACGACUUGACCCUAAGUUUA